AUGGGUGCCAAUGCUGGUCUGUACGGUGGCGCAAUCACCACUUAUCUGCCAGACGGUUUUCUGGACGCCUCGCUGUUGCGGGAAGUGCCCGACACGCAAGAAGUGUACGUCAACAGUCGGCAGGACGACGAGAGCUACGACGACGGCCUAGGGAAGAAUGAGAGCGUGGUGAUCGAUCUGCUAGAGCGUGUGGACGCAGGCGACGACUUCGAGGCACUCAAGGAGCACGUCAUGGAGAUAGCAAGCUUCGAUAGCUCGUCCGACGUCAAAUUUGCCAGACUGGAACAGCUGGCAGACAAUCAGCAGGCGUGUGUGGUCGUUGAGAGCGUGAACAAGUGGGGAAAGCGGGAGCUGAACGAGACUGUGGUGCUCUGUGUGGGGCUGAUUCGACUGGCAGACGUGGCUACGGAUGUGGUCAUUACGGUCCAUGUGCCGUGGUCGCAGAACGAACCAUUCGCCGGACAGGAGCUCCCGGCACCCAUCGCGGCUGCCUACAGGCUUCUCCUAAGGAUGGUAUCUGAGUUCAAAGUAGUAGAUAAGUCCCUGUUUGUAUAG